AUGAAUCCUCCCCCUGCUUCACCUCUUGAUUCUGACGACGCUGUAGCUCGAACCCAGCGCCAUGAGGAGCUCAAACGUAAGGGAUACUUGGACCCCAAGGGCACCGGCCGGCCUGAGGAUUGGAUGUAUUCCCUGAACCCCAGCAAGCCGCGCCGGCGCUCCCCUCCACUCCGACCCAGGGUCGACCCCGUCGGCCUGAAGCUCAGCUUCGCCCAACCCAGGCCCAUCCUCGCCCGCCUCGCACGGGUACCUCUCCCAAGGGACACCGACCCCGACUGGCAGUUAUCCGCCCUCAUCGACGAAGAACCUGGGCUUAGCCUCGUCCCUGGAGCGCCGCUUCGCGAGUUCAUUGCCCAGCGGGUUCACUUGGCGUCGUAUGAUAUAAGUCAUUAUAUCCAGGGCUUUGUCUACGUGCAAAAAGCAUACUUCGCCACAGAGGCUCACCCGCCCCCGUUUCCAGCUCGCCCCCAACCUCUCAAAGAAUCCAUGACGCAGGGCGGUCUCCUGGAGAAAUUAGCAAUCCAGCAGCUCAAAUCCUGGCGGGACUCCGUGUCACUCGACCUACGACGCAUCGUCGGCAACCACGCACCUUCAGGCGUUCAGGUGCGCGCGCCCCAGGUAUAUAUCGUUUGCAUCCGGCGGCGCCGGCUGCCGAACGACGGUCCGCCGGUGUGGUGUUACUUCCCCCAGCUGGAGGGGCGGGCGGUUCAUCCCGCGCCAAACUUAGCCACCCUACCUACGCCGCGCCGGGAGCCAACUCUUCAGAUACUGACGUCUCAGGUUCAGUAUCAGGGUUCACCAUAUACGCCCUAUCCGGAUCCCCAUGACAGAACUCACGUCGCUGGAUACUCUGGAGAGGUCAACUGGCAGGGUCCACAAUACGCACCCUAUCCUACUAGCGUUGUUCAGCACUCGCCGCCCACACCCAGACGGACAUCACAUCACUCUCUCACAAUCGUCGUUCCCGGGCAUGGUUCAGAUCCGUACAGGACCGCUCAGAAGCACAACCGCACCCCAGCAGCCAUGCGGUCGAAACAUAAGUUUGCGAACCAGCGGGGCGCAGAGACGCCCGUGGCUACGAAGUCCCCAGUCGAGGCGGGGCUCACGGUCGCGCACCUGCUCACGCUGUUGGUCCGCAGACAGUACGACGGGUGGUUGAAGACUGUUGGUAAGAUGACAAGCGCGGCGAAGGUGGAAGACGUCGUGGGUCGCGGCGAAGGGGCGCUGCCUGGGGUGGAGGUUGAGUACGGGGAUCUGUACGUUGUCGCCAUCCGCCGCAGCACCGGCAGAGAUGGCAGAUACCGCUGGUUCCCGCAGAUCGAGUGCAACAUACGGCGAGAUGGCGAGAGUAGCCCCGGCGACGACGGUAUAUCAUCGUAUACGAAGAGUAGUGCAGCGAGUGACCACAAGGACCGAGACUCCUGGGGUAGCGCGAGCCCAGAGAAGCAGGAGGUCCCCUAG